AGGUGAUAAGUUUGCAGUAGCGAUUCUUAUUCGUUCGUCAGUAAAUUUAUGAUAAAAUUGUUAUAUAUUCUUUCACGAAUGCCGGAAAGAUAAUCCGUAAAGUUGAUAUUAAAUUUUUUAACAGGAUGUUUUGUUCAUUGCAAGCUAUCAAAUGUUUCUGCAAUGUGACAGAAAUUGUAUAAUAUUUUAACGUUACCAAUGGAGACCAAAGUGACCAGUAAAACUAGCAGCUUAAAAGCUCUUUUGCUGCGAGCUUGGCGAGAGCGCUGGACCGAUUUGCAAUGGGGCAUUAAUAUUAAAACGAUUCUGCCAAGAGGAGUAAGCGGCGAUGUAUAUAACUUAGCAGAUUGUAUAUUACAACAAGCAUUAGUAGGACCAGGACCUAAUCAGCUAGUACUGUCAUAUCUGAAGCACUCGUUAAGCUCUCAGCUGGUAUCAUACGCUGCAGUGUUACAGCGAAUAAGUAAAUAUGACGCGUUUCACAAACCCCAUUGCAUUGUGAGUUUGCUGGAGUUUUUGGAAUCCAUUCAAGUUGGUAUCACAUGCCGCGGUAAACCAGAAGAGGACCUUUUAGCAGCAGCAGUCUUAUCUAUCGUACAUUGGCUUCUGCAAUGUUACCUACAUACUUUAACAAAGACGCCCCAGAGCAAUCCUCUCACUCCGCAUCCGAGCGAGCUCAUAGACAAACCUGCUAGUAUUUUGCAACAGAUGCUGAAUUCAGACUUUUUAUGUGCAAUGAUGUAUCUGGCUAAAUAUGAUGACAAAGAUCUAUACAUAGAAGUUGUGAAGAAAUGCCAGGAAAUUGAGACGUUACUGAAGACGAGUACUCAAAAGUCUGUGGUACCAAUGGAAGAUUCUCUGAAAAAGUUGUGCAAUCUGGAGAUUGAAAGUCUUUGCCCUGAGAAAACUAAAAUGGAGUCCAUUACUCACUGUUUGCAGCCACUCUUUGCCGUUCAAGUAUUAUUGAAUCCUAGCACUGAGACAACUGUGUUCGUCAACCAGCUGCUGAUGGUGCAGAGAUUGAAGAGUUAUACGAAUGCGCGGCUUUAUUGCGAGAUUAUCCGCGCUUGCUUGAUGUGCCUGCACAAUGUAACAGGAACAUUCAAGGAGUCGCAGUGGGGAGCCUUCACAUUUCUAAAGGUGCCUCACAUAUUGAAGGAGUUGCAUGUAGCUAAUUUGAAUGGUGAUGAGAAGUUUGAAUACUCGCAAGAUAUUCUGGAUGCAUUUGAGUUACUGCUUCAGUUCACACCUCUGCUCGACAUAAUGGAUACCACGUGCUCGUGCAAUUACGUAGAAUGCUUGCUGAAUGAAUUGCAGAAGGUAAACCUCGUGACGGAGAAGCAAGCGAAGCAAAUUGGCGCUAGGAGGGAGGGAGCGACUACGACGUCGUCAAUUCCAAAAGUAAUUGUACGCGCUGGACAGACACUAAAUGGGAUUUUGAGGACGCUGAACGCAGAUUACGCUAAGAUUCAGGAAGGCUUGCUGAGUGUAUUAUAUCAAGUCUUGACUGGAAAAAGCUUCGAACUGAUGCUGGCCGUGGCAACUGUAGAGGGAGAGUUGAAGACCUUUGUCACGAAACUCAUUAAGUUUAAUGAAUGUAGUAAACAGAUUAACGAGCCGGUACCUGAUAAGACGGCAGCGACAAGAGCAAUGUUGUUCGAUGUAUCAUUUCUUAUGUUGUGUUCCAUAGUGCAAACAUAUGGCUCUGAUGUUGUUUUGGAAGAAGGCGGAGAUUCAUUCUUUGAGCAAUGGGUGCGCGAAUGUAUGCCGGAACGGAACAAGCUGAAAUCGCCACAGAGGAUGUUGCAAAGCGUCGAUUCAGCAAGGGUGGACGCUCUACUAGCGCAGAUUAAUUCGCCGGAUCCCGAUUUCAAAUCGAGCAACUUAAAAUGGCAUGUUGCAUGCCAGUCGGCAAUGGGUGCGGUGAAGGAGCUGCUCUGCGCGUGGGAGAGCGGAGUACUGGGUGCUGGCGAUGUGAAGAGAGCUCUGGACGGUUUGCGAGCAACAGCCUGCUGUCUGCCGGUCUGUGCCGCUGCUUGGCUGUGCGCGUACAUGAGCAUCACGCACCAAGAUGCUCUGCUGAAACCUAUGAAUAUGGUCCAGCACUUCCUGACGCCGCUUUCGGGUGAUGAGAUGCAGGAUAAUCUUAAAGACAGAUCCAGUUUAAUGGUCCAGAUUAUUCGGAAAAUGCAAUACGACGUGCACCCGCCCACUCAGUCGAAAACAAAGGUUCUCUCGAUGUCACACAGUAUUAUAUCGCGUCAACCAAUACUGGAACAGUUGGAAUCCGUUUGGCAAAACAUAAAUCAACGUGGGUGGAUAAACAUACAAGCCACGCAAUCGUUGGAGUCCCUGCUAAACACCGGCGGCUCUUCAUGGUUUGUCACGAAUAUAGUCAAGGAAGUACUGAAGUAUCGUUAUCAGGAAGAACUGGAUCAAGCCGUGGAUCUGGCCUUCGCAAUCUUCCAUCUCGACAUAGAGAACUGUACUUUAGAUCUCAUAAAUCAUAUAAUACCGCAGUACUUACACAAUUCAAUGCAAAGUGACGAGCUUGUGGAACCACAGUCAUCAAUCUUGGCGAAAUUAUGUGUGUACUGCAUAUUCUCUACUUUGGAGUACAACAACUCGAAUCCGUAUCGAGGGAACAGCCGUAAGCGUGUGCGACGCGAUCUGGACACGGAUGAUCUGGAUGCUCUUGGCGUAUCCAAUAAACUUCUCCGGCUCAAUGAAACGGGCGAGAACGUUCCCAUGUUCAGUUCGCAGAGUCCACAGGCGCAGGGUUCGAGUAAUGGGCAAAAGUCAGUCAUUCUGAGGGAUCCGCUUAUGACGGCAUUGAACAAUCUGUUUACCAUAUUCGCCUUUUUGGCUGGUAGAGACGGUGAGGUGUCUCAACAGACUCAUUUCAUACUCCAAUUCUUGCGGCUCAUGGUGCAGUGUGGGAAAGACAGGACUCGCAUCGUGCUGCAGGGAAUGUCGCAAACACUAGUACCCUGUCUUCUUAAAGCAUUGCCUGAAUUAUUCACAACUGAUAUUCUGCUAAGAUUAUAUGACAUACAAACCAUGAUUGGACGCAAAGCUACCGCACGAGACUUAUGCAUGUUGCGGAAUAUUAAUCUAAAACCCACAAAAUAA